AAAUACUGCAAUUUUGUUUUGUACUGUCGGUAAUAUUAAUAGUUGCAUUAAGAGUUGUGAGAGGGCUCUAAGGUCUUGCAAACAUGCAAUACAGAAACUAAGAUUAAAUUUAUGUUGUAUCUUGUCUAUGAUUAUCGUGCAACGAGGUAUAUUUACAAGGUGUAAUAAAACAGGAAUGAACCUACCUCAAUCUUCUCGAUUGAUUACCAAAAAUCAAAGGCGUAGUUGUCAACAAAUACAUUUCAUAUUUAAAGAAUGUAUUUAUGGAACAUCAUCAAUAUUAUCAUCUGAAGAAAAAUCCACCGAGAAAAACGAAAGUGACGUUUCCUCAAUAGAUGAUAUAUCAGAGCCUACGAAUUGUUGCAUGUCCGGAUGCGCAAAUUGUGUAUGGAUUCAAUACGCAGAAAAAUUGAGCGCCACUCUUGAAAAGAGCGAUGUAGAUAUGCAAAAAUUAAUCCUGGAUAAAGUACAGGAUCCUAAUAUGAAAGCGUUUCUUUCCAUGGAGCUCCGAUUUAGAAAUAUUAUUAAAAAUUAAAGAUACUGUAUAUAAAAUACUGUAUAUAUGUACAUAUAUAUUAUACAAUGUUGAAAUUUUAGACAAUAAAUCCUUAUGUUAAUUUAA